AACUGAUGUCAACAUCCUGUUUGGCUCUCGACACGUUCUGAUCGCUUAUUUGUUGCCUCUGUGAUUCAAAGCAGGGGCUAGCGGGAAGUGUGCUGUCUUCAGCAUGUCGGAUAAUAACUUUUUAGAAAGACUGCGACAAUUUGACGCGUACCCAAAAACACUAGAGGACUUCAGAGUUAAAACUUUUGGUGGAGCACUUGUGACGGUGAUUAGUUCUCUUCUGAUGGUCAUACUCUUUAUCUCUGAGCUGAAUUUCUAUCUCACAAAAGAUGUUCAACCUGAAUUAUUUGUUGAUACAACAAGAGGACAGAAGAUACGUAUCAACAUUGACAUCGAUUUUCCAAAAGUGCCUUGUGCAUAUUUAAGUAUAGAUGCUAUGGAUGUCUCAGGAGAACAACAACUUGACGUAGACCAUCAUUUGUACAAACAGAGACUUGACACGAGUGGACAGAAAAUUAAAGAUAUUGAACCAGAAAAAGAAGACCUUGGAGAUAAGUCCAAAGAUAUUGUGGAGGUUGCAACAAAAAAGUUGGACCCAGAUCGCUGUGAAAGUUGCUAUGGGGCUGAGUCAAGUGAACAUAAAUGCUGUAAUACAUGUGAAGAUGUACGAGAAGCCUAUCGCAAGAAAGGGUGGGCCUUCAAUUCCCCCGAGGGUAUAGAGCAGUGCAACAGGGAGGGUUGGACAGCUAAAAUGAAGGCCCAGGAGAAGGAGGGAUGUCAAGUUUAUGGAUAUCUAGAGGUCAACAAGGUUCAGGGAAACUUCCACUUUGCUCCCGGCAAGAGUUUUCAGCAGCAUCAUGUCCAUGUGCAUGAUCUGCAAGCAUUUGGUGGACAAAAGUUUAAUUUGAGCCAUGUGAUUCGACAUCUCUCUUUUGGACAAGAUUAUCCAGGCAUAAUAAAUCCACUGGAUCAGACCAGUCAAGCCUCAAGUGAAGAACAAACUAUGUUCCAGUACUAUGUUAAAGUUGUGCCAACAACAUAUGUCGAUGUGAAAGGAAGGGCAUUGUAUACAAAUCAAUAUUCGGUAACGAAACAUUCCAAAAAUGUUGGAAAUGGAUUGGGGGAUUCAGGAUUGCCAGGAGUGUUUUUUAUUUAUGAAUUGUCACCAAUGAUGGUUAAAUACACAGAGAAACAGAGGUCAUUUAUGCAUUUUUUAACUGGUGUCUGCGCCAUUGUUGGGGGAAUUUUCACGGUUGCUGGUAUAAUAGAUUCCAUGAUUUAUCACUCAUCUAGAGCUUUACAAAAAAAGAUAGAACUUGGGAAAGCAACUUGAUGAAAGGAACUAUUUUAAUCUUAUUUUUAAAUAAUGCAUAACUGCUGAAUGAAGAAAGUGAGUGUUAGAUUAUGGUGUAUGUGUUUUGUAUUAAAUUUUGACACAAUAGAAAACCUGGUGUUUUACAAAGUAUGCCAAUUAAUUAAAAUACAUGUAUUAUGUUUCAUUUAUUUAGUUUCUUUCUCAAAUCAUUUGUAAUGUAUACGUAUGUCAUCACGUAAAGCAGUUGUGCAAAUGAUAAUUUUGUACAAGACUCUCACAGAUUUCCUGUAGAAGUACAUAAAAUAUUCCAUUGAUCCAAAAGUGACAUUCAUGACUCUGAUACUUUAUAUACAUAUGUACAUGUACUUGAAACUAUGAGCUUUCAUGCUUCUCAAACAACUUGCAAUCUAUACAUGAAGUUACAGAAUUUUUGAAGCAUUAUAGUGUAAGCAUUUAAGUCAACUACAGCAAAUUACAAAUACUAAUCAAGUAAUAGUACAGAAGAUCAAGAAGCAUUUUUUUAAGGGUG